AUGGGAGCCAUUAACGACCAUCACCGGAUGAAGCAGAGAAACAAGGCAGCCAUUGUGCGGUACCAACAUGACGACCAGAAACGACCAGUACCUGGCCAACAGUACGACCAGAAAAACGACCAGGACCUGACGAACGGUACAACCAGAAACGACCAGUAUCUGGCCAACAGGAUGACCGGAAACGACCAGUACCUGACGACCCAGUACGACCAGAAACGACCAGGACCUGACGAACAGUACGACCAGAAACGACUAGUAUCUGGCCAACAGGACGACCGGAAACGACCAGUACCUGACGACCCAGUACAACCAGCACCAGACGACCAGGACCAGACGAACAGUACGGCCAGAAACGACCAGUAUCUGACCAACAGUACAACCAGAAACGACCAAUACCCGACCAACAGUAGGAUCAGAAACGACCAGUGCCUGGCCAACUGUACGACCAGAAACGACCAAUACCUGACCAACAGUGUGACCAGACACGACCAAUACCUGACCAACAGUGUGACCAGAAACGACCAGUACCUGGCCAACAGUACAACCAGAAACGACCAAUACCUGACCAACAGUAGGACCAGAAACUACCAGUGCCUGGCCAACACUACUACCAGAAACGACCAAUGCCAGACCAACAGUACGACCAGAAACGACCAGUACCUGACUAACAGUACGACGACCAGAAACGAUCAAUGCCUGACCAACAGUAAGACCAGAAACGACCAAUACCUGACCAACAGUCUGACCAGAAACGACCAGUACCUGACCAACAGUACGACCAGAAACGACCAGUACCUAACCAACAGUAUGACCAGAAACGACCAAUACAUGACCAACAGUAUGACCAGGAACGACCAGUGCCUGGCCAAAGUACUACCAGAAACGACCAAUACCUGGCCAACAGUGCGACCAGUACCUGACCAACAGUACAGCCAGAAACGACCAGUACCUGACCACCUAGUAUCAAUAGUACGGACAGAAACGGAAAAAUAUCAGACCAACAAUACGAACAGAAACGACCAGUACCUGACCAAUAGUAUGACCAGAAACGACCAAUACCUGACCAACGGUAUGAUCAGAAACGACCAAUACCUGACCAACAGUACGAACAGAAACGACCAAUACCUGACCAAACAGUGCCACCAGAAACGACCAAUACCUGACCAAUAG